AGUUCUGACACAUUCUAAGUAGUUUUAUGAAAUGCCUAAUAAUUUUUAUUAUUAUCAAAUUAGUGUAAGCUGCAUACACAAAUAAAUAAUUAUUUAACUGCGACUGUGUAAAUGUUCGUAAUUUAUCGUUUUUGCAGUCAAAAGUUUUGCUUUCCUUUAUAUUUCCGAAGUUACAAUGGGUUGUAGACGAUCAACGUAAUUGUGUUUUCUGCUGGUUUAGAGAUGUCUUCAUACUGCGCUAUUGAUUCUGAACCAAUGGCAUUAUAAACAGCUGUUUUAAAUUUCUUGUCAAUAAUCAUUAUUUGCAAGUGAGAUACAAAAUGACACUGAUAGAAGGGGUGGGCGAUGAGGUGGUGCAAUUCGUGAUAGUCUUGAUAGUUGUGCUGGUGGCGUCGCUAGCAUGGUGGUCAACUAACGCCAGGCCUGACAGAUAUCAAACUGUACUUGUAAUGCGAUCCCGAUCAAACCACCCUGUCACAGUUAGCAUACUUACAAGGCCAAAUGUAUCCAAUUCUCGUUCAGUCAUUACUCCAGUACAACCACCGGAACCUAUAGCUGCAAGCAACCCUGUACCUGUCAGCAACAGCAGUAGAGACAGUAGAGACAACAGAGUGAUACCGCUGCAGGAGAUGGACAGUAUCGUUGACGCAGAUAUGGCCAUGUUAGACAACAAUCGCUUGCACUUCUAUCGCCGUAUCGACUCUCCGCAAAGCAUUCAAACUACAAGGGAGUCGACAAACGAAGAAGCAGAAAGCAUUGAGGAGCCAGAACCAGCCAGCAAUGCGCAGAUACGGGAAAUGGACAGCAUAGUAAGCGCCAUGGAAGCCGAUGUCACCACUGGUUGCGAUUUCUUUACGAGGUCUGGUGAGACAAAUAGUAAACCGGGUGUCUCGAAACCAAGCAACAUCGAAGUCGAUGAUUCUACAGAGCAAGACGCAUCUGGUGACAAUAAUCCAGUAGACGCCGGUAGCUCCAACGAUGAAUCCAUACACAGAGAUGAGAAGAAGAUUGUAAUCAAACUCAAAUACCUAAACGACACUCUCAAAGAAGUGGAAGGAAGUCUCGAUGAGCUCCUGAAGGAUUUUAAGAGACGCCACUUCUCAGCGGAACUCGGCGCGGAGAGGCGCGUACGGCUGAUAUUCCGAGGCCGCGUUUUAGUGGACGAGGCGGCCACGCUUGGCGCGUGCGGACUACACCACCGGGCCGUCGUUCACUGCCUCGUGCAUCCCUCGCGACCUCGAAACCGCGCCCGCCCCGCCGCUACACAGCAACAGCCAAACAACCAACGCGCCGCGACUCACGAGCUGGUGACGGAGGGAACCGCACUUGAGCGCGCGUGGGACUUGGAGAACAUCCUCAUGACACUCGUUUCCGUCGCGCUCACCGUUGUGUGGUUCUUCAGAUGCGAGUAUUCGAACAUGUUCACGGCGAGUGCGAGCGUAGCGCUGUUCGGUCUUACCGUGUUCUACAGCGUCGCUAUCUUCGGCCUCUACCUCUCGGACACCUUCUACGCGGACAGACGGCCCGCCCAACCCGCGCAGCCCGUACCUAACAAUUAAAUACUUACUGCAUAAUGACGACCAUACUCCUGGCUAUAUCCCCAAUCUAUCGUUUCAGGUAACACUUAACGAUAAGUCGUCGCCUAACUAAGCUAAAUUAGCAAAGUUUCAAGGACACGUAAAAAUCCCUCUUUCAAUGUUAUGCAUAAAUGCAAAAAAGCUUUAUUUUUAACAAACCUCACAGAAAGCUAUAUGAUUUGACAUGUUUAUAGUAUUGAUGUACACCAUGUACAUGUCCGAUCACAGAACGGUUUUAGCAGUCUGAAUGUUCCUUUGUCAUAUCACGUCAUGACAUAUCCAAAAUGGCGGUCAUGACUAGCCAAAUACUAAGAUUGAGACAACGGUGUAUUGCGUUUUAUAUCAAAGUAAAAGAUUCAUUAUUUUAGCAGUCUGAAUGUCUGUCAUAUAAUGUCAUAAUAGCUAUAAGAUGAUCGACGUGUUAAGCAAAAAUUAAAAUUAGAUAACAUCGUAUCGUAUCUUUUUGUCAUAGGCAUUUGUGAUAUGACAAGCCAAAAUACUCUAAUUGAGGAUGUGCAAUUUAAAUGACAAAAUUCACAGUUCACCCGUGGUGUGUGCAAUUUCAAAAGUACUCACUACUUUUACCUCUUUCAGCGCCUCUUUGAUCCGGCGCUGAAAGACGGGAAAAAUGUUUCCAUUCCAUAUCUAUAAAUAUUAAUUUAUAUCGAUGAAAAUAUUAUUGUUUAUUAACAGAAAAUGAUUUAAGGCCCGAUUUUGUUGAUACGAAUGAUUGGAUGAUAUGUUAUCAGGUUUAUGAUCACCUUAUAAAGGCAUCUCACAUGCGUAAUUACGACUGGAUCGAAACUUCGUAUUCUGUCAGUAACCGAAAUUAAUAGACAGCCGAUUUCACGUUCAGCUUAGCAUUGCGACUCCUACAUAGUACGAGUUUCUUAGGUCUUUGUAACCAAAAAUUCCAUAUACAGUUUUACAUACAUCUCCAUCUAUCACAUUAUUAUUUUUUCACGAUAUUUGUAGAUAAAUAUCCGGAAUCGUGAUAGCAUAUUAAAAUGAUCAUCUGAACAAUCAAUAUUGAUAACAAAUUAUGAUUCAAACAUCGCGUUACUGGAUCAUAAAUAAACUCCAAGUUAACUCUAAGUUAAUAAUUGUGUAAUUGAAGGUAUUGGAUUAGACUGAUUAUUACUUUGGGCGUUAGACUUUUGCAAAGGAAUCUAAUACAGAUUCAUUUUACUCCGUAAAUAAAGGUUAAAGCAUAUUGUAUCUUACUAACGAUUUCUGUUUUAAAAUGGGUUCGUUAAGCUAUGGGCGCUGGCUAAUGAGGUAUAAACGAACUCAAACUAUAAAAUAAAGAGUAUAAGGUAUAUUUUACUCUGACAUUAUAUGUUCGAAAACCAUAUUGGUGAGGACUCACACGGAGUUAUGCAAUCUUAGUGCCUAAUGUGAAAUUUUCUACCUAAGUUUACUUAUUCGAUCGCGUGAAAUUUAAAUACGAUUUGUAUUAAAUCUAUAGAGCGCCAGCUAGUAAGGACAGCUGGAAAUAGUAUUGUUACUAAAUGGAACUGUUGAUGGUAAAAAAAAAUUCACAGUAGGCAACAUGGCACUAAAUGUAUAGUUAGUAUUCGUAAAUAGGUACAAAACUAAGGAUGUAAACUCCGUUUAAUAUAAUAAAAUUAAUUAUAAUUAACCUAACCGCCUUUUGUAGAAACUAAAAAAAAUUUAGAGGAUAAAUAAACCAAAACAAUGUACGACUUAUCCCAAAUAAGAAUGAGAAAAGAUUCGCGUCAAAUUGUGACGUAAUUUUAGUUACCUAAAUAAAAGGCCAUGAAUAAGUAAAUCAGCGAUCUUUAAACAAGCCCGAAUUCUCUUAUUUUUUUUUAAAUAGAUUUUCUUGCACUUAGACAUUGAAAUGGUAUCACAUUCAUUUAUUCGUACGUGUUUUGUUCGUUUUUAAAUUAAAUUACAUUCGCAUAGAUUAUGGAGAGUCAGUGCCAUAGGAGCUUAUACUAUAAAACUUGACAAUCAAGAUUUCCAGACAAGUUCGAUGUUGAGAAAGAUUCUUCUGAGCUCUGAUUCGAAUUCGGGGGAUUUGGUUUGAAAUCCUGUCAGCUGAUAGCUUUUCUAUAAAAAUCAAGAAUUGUAGGCCCGUAUUAAUAAACUGAAAUCGUAAUAAGACCAUCAAAUAACGGUAAAUCUAUGCUUAGGAAUGAUCUUGAAAAUCUAAAGUUAGAUAGGUAGAUAGAUGUCUGUUGAUACGUUCCUAAAUAAUGAACAACGAUUGUUCAAUCACUGUUCUAACAGUAUAAUAAUGUAGUGGUGUUUUUAAUAUUCACAAAGACAUGGUUAACUACGUCAUGAGAAGAUAUGAGCAUUGGCAUAUUUGCAAACAAGAACGCGUGAUUACGAGUGAGCCAUAUCAUAGAGUAUAAGGGCUGGACCCCGAUUCUAAAUGGCAUUUAAACCUUAACUGACAUAUUUAGUAUGACGCUUUUUGUGACAAAUCUUCAUACCAGAUUAUACGUAAUUGGCGGUUCAAAGUGUUAGGAUAAGAUUGUAAUAGGGAAUGAAAGCCCAUGUAUAGUAACUCUAAACCCGUAUGUCCAUUUGAGCAGCCGUAGGCAGAGUAGACUAGUCGAGAAAUAGUUGCGGAGGCUGCUCAACCUGAUUCAGUACGAGACGUAUUAUAGAAAAAACAAUGGUUACUGCAAAGACGUCUUUAUUUUAACAGGCAUUCUGAGACACGUCCUGAGGUCCCUUUCAACGUCACGAAAGUUGAAAAAGUUGCGGUCACUGUGUAGAUUAAGGCUGUUAUCUAUGCAGACAUCAGGGUGUCUUCCACACCGAUCAGCGUAGUUGGUAUUAGCUCUACAUCAAGUUCUGUUCCAAGUGAUACAUUCAAAUUAUUUCCAGAGCUCUUAAACACCUUUGUAUAGACAGACCUUUAAUCCGGCGGUUUCUACUCUCGUGACGAGAACUCUGAUUAUUGUGAAGCCACACGCAACGUCAUUCAUAAUCGAAUUAUACCACUAGAAUUUUCCAAAGUGACUGUAAGUAUGUAAAUCUACAAAAUUCUAGUACCUAGUUUAUUAACAUUUUAAUAUAAAUUAUAAAGAAUGCUUACAUAAAUGAUGUUAAAUAAAUUGUAUAUAGAUAUAAUUUGUAUUGAAAAUAUUGGUGAUCUUAAAAAUUGUCCCUAUUCCUGAUUACUUGUGUUUCGAUACUGUAAAUGCAAAUUCCCUGGCAACUUUUUCAGUGUUUCUGAAUAAGGAAUCCAAUUUUCUAACAGUGUCUAAACGGUGCCGAUCUCCUACAACAUUUUUAGUAAGUGUAAAAGUAUCGGAGAAAAAUUCACUACUUACUGUUCUUUCCUCUCAUACGCAAAUAACGUCAAACUUUCUCCAAACGCGUUUUGCAUAAAGACAACAGGUUGGCAAAUUUACUCUAAAAUUGUUGGCAAAAUUGCUAAAUUGGACAGUACAAUGUACUCAUCGCCCACGUUCUGAUCCGUAUAUCUGGACUACUGUCUGAAAUCUGCAUACAUAACUGCAGCUCUGGACUGUAUAAUGCGAUUGAAGUGGACAAGUGUAACAUAUAAUAUAUAUAUGAUAUAAUUAUCGGGUGUCUUUGAUCUUAGUUACGUACGUUUUCAUUGUUUUACGGAAGUUUUGUUCAUUUUGUGGAGUUUGGCCGAACAUACUUCGGCCGAUGACUGAGUAGCUUUUCGCUGUAGAUAUGGCGUUAUUUCCUACAUUCUCGAACGUGUUUCCCUAGGACGAUUUGUGAACGCGCGCAAUCCGAUGCCGCGUUUUCACAAUGUUACUCGAUCAGAAUCACGCAAUUGUAUUUGUCGUGGGGUUUUUAAAAUAUUUAUUUUAUUUCUUGUAUAUUAUAAUAUCAAAGAAAUAUCCACGUGUAUUUAAAUAUUCAAUGAUAAUACAUAUGUAUUAAUAUCUGUCAUCAUAGAAGCAUGAUUAAAUAGCACAAACGCUUUUAAUUAUAUUCAAUUUUAACCGUCCAAGUAAUCUCAAACAAUUUGCUUAGGACCAUUAAGCUGCUGAAGAAAAAAAUGUUUUCAUGGAAAUACGUUAAUCCAGUCAAAUAUUGCAUAGGUAUUAGAAAUGGUAUCGAUUAUUUUCAAGACUUUGUAACAUCGACACGAGUUAAUAAAAAUAAUGUAAGUUUUUUCAGUAGCAAGUCUAAAAAGGGUUGUUCUAGGCGGAGAAAUAUUCAGAACUAUUGUCAUAAUUAUAUUCAGCAAAAUGUAAAUAAAAUAGGUUAACUUUUUUUUUAUUUAUUUAGAUUUAAGGUGAUUGUUUUGCACUAUCAGUUAUUUAAAUUUCUAUGAACUUAAUUUACUUCUAAUAUAUAUCUAAAUACUUACAUAGCUUAAAUAAAUUGUAUUAAACUUUCGUCAUUUAUGUACAUUUUUCUUUCUGCUAUAACGCUAUUGUUAUUUAAUUUUGUAAGGUCCUGAAAUAAAACUAUACCGAAGGCAAA